CUUCGAAAGACCAAAGGUUCCCGUUUUUUUCCCCACAAAUCAUUGGAAAACAGAAACACCGAAAGCAAAACAGCACCGCUACUCUGUGUUUUUCAAAAGCAAAACUGUUUUCAAUCUCUCUCUCUCUCUCUCUCUCUCUCUCCUCUCAACAAUGGCAGCUAAUCCCUCUUCUCUCUCGUCGUCCCCUCACUGUUCUCUCCCACUCAACCGCUCUAUCUCUCCCCGUUUUCAUCGAACCUCGUUGAACCUUGCUUUCUUCAACAACGACCCUCCGAGUCCGAGGCUCGUUUCGGUUCGUGCCCAGAACCCCAGUUCCGAAUCUGGGUCGGGGCCCAAGAUGGCCUCGCAUUUGGAUGGAACAGAAGCUUCGUCGUCUUCUUCGGCCAUUGAUUUCCUCACAUUGUGCCAUCGUCUUAAGACCACAAAGCGGAAGGGAUGGGUCAAUCACGGAAUAAAGGGUCCUGAGUCUAUUGCUGAUCAUAUGUAUCGCAUGGCAUUGAUGGCUUUAAUUGCUGGUGACCUUCCUGGUGUGAACAGGGAAAGGUGCAUCAAGAUAGCAAUUGUGCACGAUAUUGCAGAAGCAAUUGUUGGAGAUAUAACACCAUCUGAUGGUGUGCCUAAACAAGAAAAGAGCAGACUAGAGCAGGCAGCUUUAAAUGAAAUGUGCGAAGUUCUUGGUGGAGGGCUCAGGGCUGAAGAGAUGAAAGAACUAUGGGCAGAGUAUGAAAAUAAUUCUUCUAUUGAGGCUAAUCUUGUGAAAGAUUUUGACAAAGUUGAAAUGAUUCUGCAAGCAUUGGAGUAUGAAACGGAGCAUGGGAAAGUGCUGGAUGAGUUUUUCCUUUCAACAGCAGGGAAAUUUCAAACUGAAAUAGGAAAGAGUUGGGCGGCUGAGAUCAUUUCUAGGAGAAAUUCAAGGUUGGCAAACAGGCCUAAUUGAUAACCAGCUCCACUAGAAGUUCUUACAUUUCUUGGUUGGCAUUAGCCGAUUCCUUUUGAAUUCAAAAUUGCGCUGCCCUCUCACCUGGUCAUCAGAUGUUCCUCGGUCUGAUAUUUUUGCAGUCCAUGAAUGUGAAAGUAUGACAAUCUUACAUCUGACAGCAAGCAUGACAAGGAUUCACCAUCAUUUUCUAAAUGACCAAAGGUGUUGAACUCUUAGAACUCAAAAGGGUAUUAUAUACUAUGGUGCUUACAUUUUAUCUGAUGAAUUUCCAAUAUAAUUCAGCGUCUUUUCGGAUAAUGUAAUUUAGCAUAAUUUUGUAACUGAAUCAAUGUAUGGGCCUAUCCUUGUUGGUUUGGCAUGUGUUUAGUUUUCUGUUUCACAUGUCUCUCUCCUGUAAUUUCACCACCAUCCGCUGAGGAAAAUGGCCUAAAUAUUCUCUCUA